AUGGCGAAACCAACCGCCCGGAAACGGUGUCUUCUAUGGGACUACACCAACACGCGUGACCACCCGGACGCAAUCGAUCAGCUCUUCCCGCCCACCUCGACGGUCUCGCCGGACUCCUCCGCGGCAAGCACAACUACCACAGCCGCGUCCCCGUUCAAAUCAGUCCACAAUUGGAAUACCUGGUACCCGCCCGAGCUCAAGGGCCGCCUGCCCUUCCGGCCCAUGAUCCGCACGCGGGCGCAGCUGGACGCGGAGGAAUGGGACUGGAUCCGCGACUCGGACGCCGAGGUCGUGCACUACCUCAAUGAGCCGGAGCGGCAGGGCAUCUCGCCGCGGGACGCCGCGGCGUGGUGGCUGUGCAAGGUCGUGCCGGAGCUGCGGGACAAGAGGGGGAAGAAGCUCGUCGGGCCGGCUUGCGCGAGCGACGAGGCCGGCGAGAGGUGGCUUGCAGAGUUUAUGGAGGUCGUCUGCGGCGACGGCGACGGGGUUACGAAGGGGGGUGGGGACAAGGGGCCGGACUUUCUGGGGGUCCAUUAUUAUAGCGGCGACGUCGAGCAUGCCAAGCGCUACAUCACGGCCAUGUGGGAGCGGUAUCGGCUUCCGCUGAACGUUUCAGAGAUUGCAUCCAUCAGCCGCGACGAGAAGGAGGUUGAGCGAUUCACGGUCGAGUUGAGCGACUGGAUGGACGAGAAGGAGUGGAUCGAUGAGUACGGGUGGUUUGGGUGUAUGGCGCAUUGCGCUGAUGACUUUGUUAGUCCCGCUGCGCAGCUGAUGGACGAGAAGGGAGGGUUCAACCCGCUCAUGAGGCGGUUGAUGAGGCAGAAGUCCCCGGAUUGUGGUUGA